CCGAGCGAGGUGUCGCUGCAGAGCCUCGUAUUCGGGGUGAUCUUUACUGGAUUUUGGUUGGAUUGGGGCGGGUUUAAAAGCAGAGGGUCUGCCUUUUUUUUUGAUUCGUUUUGUUUUUCGUUUUCUGUUUUCUCGUUUUGUCGGUUUGUGUUGUGAAAUCCCCGGAUGUUGUCCAGGGUAUAUUCCGCUAUAUAUUGAAUGACCGUUCGCCGAUACCACGGAAAUGAAGAAACUGCUGCUUCUCCGACCCCUCUUCUUUUUCACCAAUCUUUUGAUAUCAACAUCCUUCGCCCAAACCUGCUACUUCGUCAACGGAGACAUCGCGAUAGAUGACGUUCCCUGCAACACCACCGCGUCCACCUCAAUAUGCUGCAGCAAAAACGAUAUUUGUUUGUCUAAUGGCCUUUGUUAUUUGCAGGGUAAUAACGGUCCAUCUUUUGCGAGAGGGAGUUGCACGAAUAGGAAUUGGCCGGGAGUUUGUGCUAAUGCGAAGCCAUGCCAGAGCCAUACUCCGCAGACAGGGUAUAGGGUGGUUAACGCCCUGGACAACCAGUAUUGUUGUGGAAGCGUCACCAGUAUCGAUAGCAACAAUAUAAACUGCGCAGAGGAUCGUGCAUUUUACGUCGCUCCCGGAACCGUGAUUCCCGGAGUUGCGGCAUUGAAUGCAUCAAAUAGCGGUAAUACUGCCGACAAUAGCACCGAUAAUAGCACCAACAGCGAUAGCAGCGGAACUUCCUCGGACGAUAAAUCAACUCGUCUCGCAGUCGGUCUCGGUCUCGGUAUACCGCUUGGUAUCAUUGCCGGCUCCGCGCUGAUCUGGGGAGCUUGGGAGAGGAAACAACGCGCUGUUUCAGCGAAGCAACUACAAGAUUUGAAAGCGGGUGUUGCUGCUGCUGGUGGGCUGGGGAUGGCCAUGGGUGGGACAGCUCCUCAUCAAUAUGGAUAUGGGUACGAUGUUGCGCUAGCGCAAGUGCCGCAACCACAGUUUGCGCAGCCGGUGGAGCUGGAACAUACCAGUUCACUCCCGACGGAGUUGGAUUCGAGAACUGCGAAGGAGCAUAAGCGUACAUGAUUGAGUAAUGGUUUUAUAUAUAAUGGCGUUGGUAUAAUGCGGAUGUUCGCAAUGAUUAGAUGUCAAUAAGUUUUCUCAUCGUCGUGCUUGAAUAUGUUGUGCAGGUCAUGAUAGGAUCUAAACAUAUGCUCUAAGCUGAGACGCCCUGGUCUGUCAUCAUCCGGUUGAGAGUUUCCAUAGCCCUGCCAAUAGGCGCGAGCUCGCGACAGCCAUGUGAAAUAAAACAGACACAUUUUGAUAAUUUCCCAAGGCGAUCCAUAUCUUCUACAAUGCCAGGGUCAUCAGUCGAGUGUAGAACAUGAGAGUAAAGUA